CCAUCUGACUUUCUCCUAGCGCUAGGCUAUUGAAACGUUUCUGGGCGGACUUGGCCUAGACAGACAUUCACAUCCAAUUUCACUUCGCUUCGCUUCGUAUGAUAUAGAUCUGAACGGGACGGGUCUGUAUGAAGGAAGCCCCACGUUUAUCAGUGAUAUUUUUCGAGCUUUGGACUUUUAUGGAGCAUACAACAAGAGCAUUAUUUAAUCAGCCAACUGAGAAUCGUCAAACAUGACGAGCAGAGAUGGGAUUCCUUCAAAAUAUCUCGAGUCGCCUAACAGCCUCUUGGCUAUGGAUGAUCGCAUUUAUAACGGCCUCCUCGCUAUAGGAACUCUCGCUGCCAUUUCACUAGUCUUCACGAGCUCUCUCUUGAGUUUCAUCACUUGGCGAAUGAUAACUUGGAAAUCCCAUUACUCCAGCUCCGUCAGUCGAAAUCAGUCAGUCGUGCUUAUUUAUCAGCUUAUUCUAGCCGACUUAUUACAAUCGCUGGGUUUUUUGAUAUCAUUUCACUGGGCGGCGGAGCGUCAGAUCAUUGGUCCGAACAAGACGUGUUUUUCACAGGGUUGGUUGAUUCAGCUCGGAGACGUCGCGAGCGCAUUCUUCGUCCUCUCCAUUGCGAUACACACGACAUACCAAGUUAUUAUCUCCCGAAGCUUAUCAUACAAAUCAUUCAUUUACUGUGUGCUUGGCAUUUGGGGACUUUCUCUACUUCUUACAUCUUUCGCGCCUAUGAUUGGUGGUCGGUUUGUGUUUCAGAGAGCUGGCGUUUGGUGCUGGAUAUCUGUCGAAAAUGAGGGACUACGUCUUUCCCUCCACUAUAUAUGGAUCUUUAUCGUCGAAUUUGGCUCCAUCAUCGUCUACGCUACUUGUUUCUACUACCUUUUCCGUGCCAAACACUCGGAUUCUAUUGUAGUCCCUGCACGUAGUGCCGAGACUAUGCGUAAAGCCCGAACUGCAAUGUUAGCAUACGCAAUAGUUUAUACAGUCCUGAGUCUUCCACUAGCUGCUGGGCGUAUGGCUGGUAUGUCGCACAAUCAACUAUCCGACGAGUAUUAUUUGUUUGCUGGAGCUUUAUUUACUUGUUCUGGUUGGGUUGAUACCAUUCUCUAUACCUUUACUCGACAGGCUUUACUAUUCGAUGAAUUAAAUGUUUACGGCCGCCGGCCUGGGACUAAUGCGGAAGACGGUAAUCACGGUAAAGAUACGGGAUUCCAGCGGCAAAGUAGCACGGACAGCAUACUCGCUAAUAAUGGGUUUGGAAGUGUGAGAGGAAUUAAAAUGGAGAGAACAGUGAAGGUGGAAUUGGACGACUUUGACAGCAGUACUAGCAGUGGAGGAAUAAGACAAGAAUACUAUGCAACGGCCGAGGCUUUCAAACCGUGAGCAAACGGGUCGCUUCUGGAGGAAUGUCAAGGAAGUACUACGGAUAUGAAUUAUAGUUAUGCUUGUUCAAGCCGCUGUAUACCGUUUCUGUAGUCGAAUUAUGAACAACAGGCACUAUUUAUUUAACCACCCCUUUUAAUUAUAAUGAGUAACAAGAUAUUAUUUAGC